CCCAGCCAGCCUUCCAUCGCUCGCCCUCGCCAACGUCACUAUCGCCAUCAUCCACCAGCACGGCCGGCUCCGGACGCUCGUGGCUCUUAAUCUCGGACGCAUACUCGCCGCGAACCAUCGCUCGCCCAGCACACGUCCUCUGUCCUCGUCAGCCACAAUGGAUCCGUCCUUCUUCUCCUUCUCCGAAUCGGCCCUCAUCUCGCUCAAGGGCAACGAAUACCGCCUCGAGCUCAAGGGUGUCUUGCCCGUCGGAGCCGAGGAGGACCCAGAAGAAAUCGCUCCCGUACUCAACGUCACCCUCAGCGAUACUGCCUCCAACAGGACAUGGAGCGGCUCCUUCUCCGACAAAUACAUCGAGGAAAUCACCAAGAAGACGGGCAACUUCAAGCGGUUCUCGGUCUUCAUAGAGAUGCUCAUCAGCUCGCUCGACAAGGCCAAUCGGGCUGUAUCGCUGGAUCUGCUGACGCCGUCGGAUGUCGAGAAGUUGGGCAAGGCCCGGAGCGCUCGAUCGGACGACUCUGCCCGACCGUCGCGAGAGAAAAUAUACCUGAUCCUCACCUACGCCGUGGCCUUUGACCGGGUUCACUAUCCCUUGCCACUGGUCCCCAGCGAGGUGUCCUACGAGCAGUGUCAUAUCCUGAAGCACCAGGUGCAAUCGCUGCAGAAACAGCUGGUUUCGGAGCGCACCAAGGGCGAUCAGAGCAUCGAAGAUCUCUCCAAGCUUAUGAAGGAGAACGACCGCCUCAAGCACGAAAUCAAGCAGCUCAUGGAUCGGAAAUCACCAGCCAACGUAUCCCGGAGCCACUUGAGCGAUAAGCACCUGGACUCGCUCCAGUCCAAAACAAGGACAAAGAUCAAGGCCAUUAGGAAGUGCAUCCGAGAACUGUACGACGGAUCGGCGGUCGAAGGGUCGAUUGAGGCACACCUCUUUGACCUGGAAGACAUUUUCUCCCAAAUCAUGGAUCAGCUCUUUUACGAGCGAUCGCAAAAGCAGAAACGCAGCAGUUCUGUGAGUGCGCCGAUUGAACGGCGUCUUGGCCCUGGGUACGGACUUGCGACAAGGGAGAGCCGCCAGUCCAGUCCUGCCAAGCGACACCAAACCCGGGUGACAUCGUCAGGAUACAACAUUGUCAAAUCACGGCCGCUGAACGCCGACAUUAGUGUGAUGCCUCGCAGCACCGGCUCGAUCGACAGGAGGCAAAGUCCUCGUGCGAAAUCGGCCUCGCCCUUCCGGCGCUUCAACCCAACCCAAUAUAUCCAGGAGCGCGACAAGAAGAUGGAAGAGCGGCGCUCCUUGAGUCGUGAACGAGGGCGCCAGUCAGGGUCGCCCACGGGCUCACCCAGGCCAGUCUCUGGCGCUCGGCUCUAUGACACCUCAAAAGAUCGAUCGGCCAGCAAGCCUCCGCCACCGCCGAGCAGUCGGAGGAGCGGCAGCAUAGAAGUCCGCACAAGGGAUAGUUUAGCGACCGCCUCACCCCGCCUUUGGUCAAAGUCUCCGUCGGACGACCAUCUUCGCAAAUCCAAGGCGGCGAUCCCAGCUGCUCGCUCAGAGGCCCGAAAAGACCGAAAAUCGAGAACAGCACCGACGAGUCGAUACGACAUACACGGUGACAGCGAAGACGAGCCUUCCGCCGUGCAAUCCUUCACGACUAUUGACGAGUCUGAGAUCGACGGGCGGCUUGCGAACCUCCAACGGUAUCUGACCACGGUGCAGCAAAAGUACUCAUGACCGGAGCAGAGCGUGGCAACGGCCUGUGACUUGCCGAAUGGACACACUGCAGCAAAAUAGAGACAGUUCUGGGGGGUGCCCUUGGUUG